AGCUUGGGUAACCGUCAAUGGUUGCAAGGGAAGAAUCUCACGACGGAUGUCGGCAUUGAGGCCUGAGACGAAGCAGCUGAGGAGAAAGUGCGGAGGGAGACCGACAACGCGGUUCGCGAGAUCCUCAAAUUCAGAAAGGUCCUAACGGAAAUGAGAAAAUAUUCCUAAAGUGGCAGACAAGAUCAAGGCACCGAUCCUUAGAUGUCCAGCUCAUCAAUUUCGGUUAUCCAGCUCAGCUUCUCUGCUCAAACGAAGUCUCUGAGGUAUGUUGGUAUCUUCUUCUUCCUUUUGGGUCUGCCUUCUGCUUCCUUGCUAUCAGGCACCCUCGACAUCGCCGGCCGCAUCGACGUCCUCGCCAACCGCCUCGCCCUCUGGUACGAGUACGCGCCCCUCAUCGCUUCCCUAAUCCGCGAAGGCUUUUCUCCUCCCACGAUCGAAGAAACCACCGGCAUCUCCGGCGUCGAGCAGAACCGCCUCAUCGUUGGCGCGCAGGUCCGCGACUCCCUCGUCCAGUCCAACGCUGACCCCGACCUCCUCGCCGCCUUCGAGACUGGCGGCGCCGAGCUCCUCUACGAGAUCCGCCUCCUCAGCGCCUCGCAGCGCGUCGCCGCCGCACGCUUCCUCGUCGAGAAUCGGUGCGACGGGAAGGCCGCGCAGGAGCUCGCACGUGCAAUGAAGGAUUUCCCUAGCAGGCGCGGGGAUAAGGGGUGGGAGAGCUUCGACUACACUCUCCCCGGAGAUUGUCUUUCUUUUAUGUAUUACCGGCAGGGUAAGGAGCAUAGGAACCCGUCGGAGCAGAGGACUUCGGCGCUGGAGCAGGCGCUGCGCGUGGCGGAGACGGAGGCGGCGAGGAAUGUGAUUUUGGAGGAGUUGGAGGGGAAGGGUGAGGAGGGGGAUACGGUGGGUGAAGGGGAGGCUGCGGCGCGUGUUUCGGUGGUGAGGCUGAGGAUUGGGGAGGUGGCGGAGGCGAGUUCGGUGGUGUUGUUGCCGGUCUCCGCGGCGGAGGAGAGGGAGAUUUUGGAGGCGCCGUUUGAGAGCAGAAGCCAGGGGGAGUUUGGUGUAGUGGUGGCGGAGAAGGGGUGGGGAAAAUGGGUGGUGUUGCCCUCGUGGGACCCAGUCGUUGGUUUAGGAAAAGGGGGUGUCGUGGUGUCAUUUCCCGAUGCUAGGGUUUUGCCGUGGAAGGUUAAUAGGUGGUAUAAGGAGGAGCCUAUAUUGGUGGUGGCUAACAGGAGUAACAGAGAGGUGGGUGCUGAUCAUGGGUUUUAUCUCGUGAAUAGUGAUGCUGAGGGUUUGAAGGUCCAAAGAGGUUUUGCAUUGAAGGAAAAGGGGUUCACUCAGAGUUUAGGAACUGUGUUAUUGGUUGUUAGACCGCCCAAAGAAGAGAAUGAUGAAUUGAGUGACGAAGAUUGGGAGUGAAACUCAAAUCAAAGGGAAGGGAAUGAAUUAGUUGCUUUAGAUAACCCCACAUUGUAUAUAUAUAUAUAUAUACACGUUAACUCAGCUCAAUCACCUGUCUUUGUUUUUUGUGCCAUGCAGAAUAAGGUUCUAUUAAUUAAUUUGGGAUUACAUGCAAUUUUCUCUUGUUUUCCAUACUUAAUAGAAAAGGAUUUAAUCGUUUUUGUUUCCUCUUUGAUGAUUCGCCGGAACAGUUGUUUUUGCUAUGUAAAUGACUAAAUGAGGGGAGAUAUUAUGACAUAGUCAUCUA